ACGCUUUAUAUCUCUGACUAUAAAAACCCUAUCUAGUCGCUUGCGGCGGAGAGAGAUUGUUCCUGCCAAGUGCUGCAUUUCCAAGGCUCUGUAAGUCAUGGUAAAACAUAACAAUGUCGUGCCUAAUGGGCACUUUAAAAAGCACUGGCAAAACUAUGUGAAGACAUGGUUUAACCAACCUGCCCGCAAAACAAGAAGACGAAUUGCUCGCCAAAAGAAAGCUGUGAAGAUCUUUCCAAGGCCCACAGCAGGACCUCUUCAUCCCAUUGUGCAUGCACAGACUUUGAAGUAUAACAUGAAAUUGAGGGCUGGUAGAGGAUUUUCUCUUGAAGAACUCAAGGCUGCAGGAAUUCCAAAGAAACUUGCACCUACAAUUGGAAUAGCUGUUGAUCAUCGCAGAAAGAGCCGUUCUUUGGAGGCCCUACAGGCCAAUGUUCAGAGGCUGAAGACCUACAAGGCCAAAUUGGUUGUCUUCCCAAGACGUGCCUGCAAAUUCAAGGCUGGUGAUUCUGCUCCUGAGGAGCUGGCAACAGCAACCCAAGUACAAGGGCAGUUCAUGCCAAUCGUCCGUGAAAAGCCAUCUGUAGAGCUUGUUAAGGUCACUGAAGAGAUGAAGACAUUCAAGGCAUAUGACAAGCUGCGCGUGGAACGAAUGAACAAGCGCCAUGCUGGUGCCAGAUUGAAGAAGGCUGCAGAGGCUGAGAAAGAAGAAAAGAAGUAGGAACAAUAACAAUAAAAAUAACCUUGUCAACUAGCAUACGAAGUUGUUGGUCUACUUUUUUUUCAAUAUCUGCAUGAUUCUGUUUAAUGGAAUUUUCUCAAAUACAUUAGUCUUCUUUAGCCUUCGGAAUUUUGGUUUAAGUUUCUAUGAUAUGCAGUAUGGUUGGACUCUAUUCAUUUUA